AUGGUGCUGAAUCCUCGCUCGCUCGCUCGCUCGACAGAGUCCACCCUGCGUGGUUCUCUCACCUCUCAGUCUUUUGUUGACCCCGAAACUUCUGCUCCUAUCUCUACAUCUACAUCCCACAAGAAGUCUGCCACAAAACAUACCUCUGCUUUCAGUGAGAAGAAAGCAGUUAACCGCCGAAAAGUGCGUGACGGUUCUCCCGAGAAUCAUGUCAAUCCUUCAUGGGGCCGGUUUAAUGGCGACUCUUGGUUGAGCGUCUUGGGCUGCGGCGCCAUCAUGGUAUUCUGCCCCAUAUUGGCAAUUCUAUUCUCCGUUGCCCUUACCCAUUUCAACGGAAGCAUCACAAACACAUUGUGGGCAUAUGCUACAAACAACCCCCUAGAGCUUAUUGCGCUCUAUGCGCCUCGACCAACGAUAAAGGCAACAUUGGGAUACGCUGCUUGGCUCAUUUUCCAGGCCAUUCUCUACCGAUGGCUUCCGAGCAAUAUCGGUUAUGGUCAGCGCACUCCGGCUGGGCAUCUUCUUCCUUACAAGGUCAAUGGUUUGCAGGCAUGGGCUCUUACCCAUGUUCUUGCCGUGGUUGCAGUUUACUACGGUUAUCUUGACCCGGCAUACAUUGCAAAGAACUGGGAUGGUUUGAUGGUGGUUUUCAAUGUUUACGGGUUCUUCUUGGCUGGGAUUUCAUACGUGAAGGCCCAUUUGGCUCCCACACACCCCGACGACCGGAAGUUCAGUGGAUCGAGGAUCUAUGAUUUCUAUAUGGGAAUUGAGCUUAACCCAAGAUUUGGGCAAUGGUGGGACUUCAAGCUUUUCCACAACGGACGACCUGGAAUUGUUGCCUGGACUUUGAUUGACUUGUCCUACGCUGCUUGGCAAUACGAGAGAAUCGGUUACAUCACAAACUCGAUGAUUAUCGUAAACAUCUUGCAUGCUUUUUAUGUCGUAGACUUCUUUAUCAACGAAGACUGGUAUCUCCGCACCAUCGAUAUCUGCCACGACCACUAUGGCUUCUAUCUUGCCUGGGGAUCAAUGGUUUGGUUGCCAACUGUUUACACCCUGCAAGCACAAUACCUUGCUCGCUACCCCGUUGAUCUACCCACGCCUGUCGCAGUGGCUCUCCUUACGAUUGGUGUGUCUGGGUACAUCAUCUUCCGCUCUGUCAACCACCAAAAGGAUAUCGUCAGACGUACCGGAGGAGAAUGUUUGAUUUGGGGAAAGAAGGCAGAAGUGAUCAAGGCGACCUACAAGACCGAGGACGGAAUGGAUCACGAAUCCUUGCUUCUUUGCUCUGGCUGGUGGGGUUUCGUCCGUCACGCAAACUACCUCGGAGAUCUCAUUCUCUCAUACAGCGUCUGCGCCGUCUGCGGAGUCGACAACCUUCUGCCCUGGACAUAUGCGAUCUUUAUGACCAUUCUCCUGAUUCAAAGAUGCGGGAGAGAUGACGCGAGGUGCACAGGGAAAUAUGGCCCCGACUGGAAAAAGUACUGCAGCAUUGUCAAAUACAGAAUUAUUCCUGGCAUCUACUAG